AUGGCUUCCAUACCGAUCAUCGUGAAGCAUCAAGGUAAACGUCAUGAGGUCGAGCUUGACCCUUCCUCCAACGGCGAAACGCUUAAGCUCCAACUAUACUCUCUGACUGGUGUUGAACCGGAACGGCAGAAGGUUUUGGUGAAAGGAGGUCAGCUCAAGGAUGAUACCCCGCUGUCUUCAUUGAAGGCCAAACCUGGCCAGACCUUCAUGAUGAUGGGUACCCCCUCUGGCGGUCAGGGCGCGGCAGACCUGGGAAGGCCCAAGGAGGUCGUGAAAUUCCUCGAGGAUAUGACGGAGGCGGAGGCUGCAAGAGCGGAGGGAGCUACCCCGGCCGGCUUGCAGAACCUGGGAAAUACCUGCUACCUCAACUCUACGCUACAGACCUUGCGGAGUGUUCCCGAACUUCAGGAAGAGCUUCUGAAAUAUCGGCCGUCUGCUGGUGCUGGCUCAUCGAAUUUGUCCAGCCUCAGUAGUCUUGGUCUCGGAGGUCUGGGAUCGUCUAUGGACCUCACUGCCUCCCUUCGAGACCUUUUCAAGCAAAUGUCCGAAACCCAAGAAGGCUUCCCUCCUCUGAUCUUCCUCAAUGCCCUACGAAACGUCUUCCCACAGUUCGCUCAGAAAGACCGCAACGGACAUGGCUACGCUCAGCAGGACGCGGAAGAAGCUUGGUCACAGAUUGUGACCCAACUGCGCAGUAAGUUGAUGAUCAAGGAUGGUGAAGGAGAGACAUCCUUUGUGGACAAGUACAUGGCUGGGAGAUUCGAGUCUGUUACGGAAUGUGAUGAAUCUGCUGCGAAGGCUGCUGGAGAGGAACCAACCCCUAGCUCUGACGUCUUUUACAAGCUCGACUGUCACAUCGGAAAAGAAACCAACCAUCUACACGAUGGUAUCAUUGCAGGUCUCGAAGAGAAGAUCGAGAAGCACUCCCCCACGCUGGACCGCGACGCCGUCUACACGAAGCGUUCACGGAUCGCCCGCCUGCCGAAAUAUCUGACCGUGCACUUUGUCCGGUUCUUCUGGAAGCGAGAGACCCAGAAGAAGGCCAAGAUCAUGCGCAAAGUGACGUUCCCAGCCGAACUGGAUGCAGUUGAGUUCUGCACCGAUGAACUCAAAAAGCAGCUCAUUCCGAUCAGGGACAAGGUGCGGGAGAUUCGGAAAGAGGAGCUCGACGUGGAGCGUUCUCGGAAGCGUCAGAAGAUCGCCCAUCAGAGGGAGGAAGAACAGGCGGCAAACUCAGGACCCAUGGAGCCCAUGCAGAAGAAGAAAGUUGCGGAAGAGAACAAAGAUACUGAGAAGGCUGCGAAGGACGGGGACACUGCAAUGACCGAUGCCUUCAAAACAGAGGCGGACUACGAAGCGGAGAAGGCUGCGUCCAUCCUCGCGGCGAAGAAAGAGCUUUCCGAGCUUCUUGACCAGAAGACUGCUUCUGAUAACGGCACCAACAAGUCGGGUCUCUAUGAACUCCGAGGAGUGAUUACCCACCAAGGUGCCAGCGCGGACAGCGGCCAUUACACGGCGUAUGUGAAGAAGCAGAAGAACGGCAACGGAGAAGAGGAUGGCAAGUGGUGGUGGUUUAACGAUGAAAAGGUAACCGAGGUGGAGGCCGAAAAGAUUGAGACUUUGGCUGGCGGUGGUGAAUCCCACUCUGCCCUUAUUCUGCUGUACCGGGCAAUUGACCUGCCUACGGCAAACUAA